AACCACUCCAUCGUUCAAACCUGCGGCGGGAGGUUGGCAGCAACGUACCAUAACGAAAACAACAGAUUAUUAUUUUAACAGGGGGGACACUAGAUAUAUUCUCCUCACAGAAUGGAUGUGACGACAUGUUUGAAGUCAAUGCUUCUAGCCAUCAGACAGUACAAAAACAACGGGUCUACUGUCAAUUCAUUACAACUGCAAAAACAGAUCAACGACCUAACGGGGCUCCAGUGUUCCAGACUCCUAAUCUCGGGACAGGUGUUGCCUAGCGAGUGCCUGAGUGGGCUUCUGGAGGUUGCCAUCGACUCCAAGACCAGCCAUGCCCUCACUAGCACCAUCGUAUCCCUGCUGGCUAAACUCGCAGCAUCGGAUGAGGAGACCAGAGAGGCUCUCCAUAGCAGCUAUGACCUCACUGGGGCGCUUGCCUCCAUCAUCCACUCCAACAGAUCCAGCCCAGACGAGCCCCUGGUGGUGCAGUGUCUCCAGGUGUUGCAGAGACUCACCUACAGCAUGCGAGUCUCCCACUGCGCGUCCUUUCUCGACGAUCUCCUGGCGUUCCUGAUGCAGAAUGUCAAGUCUCGUAAUGAUGACAUCAUAAAGCCCUGUCUUGGCCUCAUGGCCAAUCUGUGUCGUCAUAACCUCUCUGUCCAGGCUCACAUCAAGAGUCAGAGUAAUGUCAAGGCGCUGUAUCGGUGCUUAAUUGAUUUCCUGGCUCACAACUCCUUGACUGUGGUCAUCUACGCACUGUCCAUUCUAAGCAGCCUGACGCUCAACGAGGAGGAAGGACAGAAGCUGUUCAAUGCAGAGAACAUCCACCAGACGUUUCCGCUCAUAUUCAACAUAACAGUCAAUGGAGACGGCUCUCUGACACGCAACUAUGCCGUAGACCUGCUCGUGGAUCUGGUGAAGAACCCCAAGAUUGCUGACUACCUGGCUAAUUAUAAGCUCCUUCCUGCCUGUCUGACGGAGGUGUUUGGGCUUCUGCAUAGCAAGGACUCGGAGACUGCAUCAAAGGUUCUAGAGCUCCUGGUGUCGCUGUGUUCCGUGCCGGGCCUGCGCAAGCUGCUGUGUGAGACGGUGUUCCGGUCCUUCAGGCCCCGGCGGCAGCCCGCGGGCAGGAAAGGGGGGCAGUCGCGGGCAACGGAGCCCUGCGUGGCGCUGCUGCAGUGGGCCACGGGACCUCUCCACGACCCCCAGCGCUGCUGCCUGCAGGCCCUACACCUCCUCACCGAGCUGCUGCAGGAGGUGGUGGAUGCGGGCUUGCCCUCCACGGUGCACUCGUACCUGGAGCUGCUGCUGCCGGCGCUGGUGGGCCUCCUGCACGCCCCCGACGCCACGGAGGAGGACCAGCAGCUCAGCAGGCACUGCGUGCGGGUCGGCCAUGUUGUGGAGCUGCUGCUGGUGCUGUGUGGGGAGGAGCACCUGAAGGGGCUGGUGUCCCAGCAGAUCACCUCCACCCUCUGCUCCACCCAGGUGGAGCUGCUCCUCGCCCACAGCCACGGCUCCACCUGCCCCCUCACCAGCGCCCCCCUCAGCCAGGUCUGCUCAGAGGCGGUGCUGAAGAUGCUGGAGCUGAUGGGUCAGCUGAAGCAGCAUGUGCUGGACAUGGAGACCUGCUUCUACAGGAUCCUGCAGGACCAGCGGAUGGUGACGCCGCUCUCUCUGGCCGUGACGUGCCAGCGCCGGGAGCUGGUGCAGAGCGCCCUCCGCAUCCUGCUGGAGGCGGCACCGCUGCCCGACUUCCCCUCCGUCAUUCUGGGCGAGAGCAUCGCUGCCAACAACGCCUACCGGGAGGCCCAGCGUGAGGCCGAGGUGCCGGUCAAGCGCAUGAUGCAGGACACACUCUCCACCGCCAAGCUCUGCAGCCUCCCGUCCGGCCCCCCCGCCAGGCAGUCCAUCGACUCACUCAUAGAGAAGCUGCAGAGUGGCCUUGAGUUGCAGGAGCAGAUGAAGGACGUGCACAUGUCCGAGGUCAUCGAUGUGUAUGAGCAGAAGAUCUCUGCCCUGGCCUCUAAAGAGAGCCGCUUGGAGGACCUGCUGGAGGCCAAAGCCCUGGCCCUGGCUCAGGCCGACCGACUCCUCGCCCAGUACCGCUGUCAGAGAGCCCAGGCAGAGGCCGAGGCGCGUAAGCUGGCGUCGCUGCUGCAGGAGAGUGAGCGCAGUAAGGAGGUGCUGCAGGCGCGUAAGCUGGCGUCGCUGCUGCAGGAGAGUGAGCGCUGUAAGGAGGUGCUGCAGGUGGAGCUGGGCGAGCAGGUGCUGGAGGUGCAGCGGGUGAAGCAGGACAUCCACCAGCUGCUGGAGCACAACGCACGCCUGCAGAGUGUGUGUGAGGAGCACCAGGGCCUCAAGGCCUCCUACAACCAGCUGCUCAACAGGUACAAUGAGACGGAGCGUUUGCUGAAGGAGGUGAAGGCAGCUCACACGGCUCUCACACACCAGUCGGAGACGAUGAAGAAGAGCUAUGAGGCACUUCGACUGCAGCAGGAGAGGACGCUGGCGGAGGGGGUGGAGAAGGACCAGCUGAUCGAUGACCAGCAGGCUGACCUCCGGCAGAAGGAGGACGCCAUCGCAGAGCUGCAGAGGGAGCUGAAGGGGCAGCAGGAGCAGGCCAGUGAGAUGGAGGAGAGCAUCAGCAUCCUGAGGAAGGAGCUCAACAAGACGGAGCAGGCGCGCAAAGACGCCAGCAUCAAGGCCUCGUCUCUGGAGCUGCAGAAGUCCCAGCUGGAGGCCAAGCUGCAGAAGAAGGACGAGGAGCUUAACAAGAACAUGCACAUGAUCGCCAUGAUCCACAGCCUCAGCAGCAACAAGAUCGCCACGGAGACCGCCAACGUCUCGCUCUGACCAUCUGACCACCGCCAACGUCUCGCUCUGACCAUCACCAAGAUGCUUAACGUGCCACUCUGAUCAAGUGUUCAAGGCCAGCUCAAUUCUGAGACGGCCAAUGUCUCACUCUGACUGCAGCAAGCUCAACACCGACACGCUCAAUAGCGACACUCAAUAGCGAGAUGCUCAACACCGAGCCGCUCAAUAGCGACCUUUGACCUCCACCAGCUCAUCACAGAUUUGCUCAACGUGUCGCUCCGACUGCAUCAAGCUCAACAGCUUCUCCCCUCUCACUCUCCUUCGGUCCUGUCCAACUUUCGCUCUCCUUAAAUACUGUUCACUAUUUUUUAAUAUUGUCUUCUGUUUAUUUACAUGUCCGUUUCUCUGUCCUCGUCUUCUAUGUCUCUUCCCGUUUGUGUCUCUUUUUUCUUCCAUUUGCUCUCUUUAAACACUUCCAUCUUUUUCUCUCUUCUCCUCUUCUCUGUUGCUCUCCAUCACCUGAUGAUGUUUCAGCACAAAGACCUGAUGCAUUCAUAAUGUAUAAAGUCAGAAAGAUGGUCAAACAACUGUCAUGAUUUAGUUUUAAAAUUGUCAUAAUUAACUAUUUAUAUGAACACAUUUUUUUCUGUCGUUGUGAUUAGUAUUUUAAAUGUUUUACGCCCUCUGUCCAAGAGUGUCAAAUAAAAGCCAUAA